ACCUAAUUGACUCCCUCUCCGUAGAUCAGGCUCUCUUUCUCUGUCUGUUCAACACAAGAGAAGAUCACCAGCCACUGCGAGGAGAUGGAUUUCUCCCCCAGAGUGGAUUUCACUGGGUCCUUCACCAUUCUGCUGGCCCUGACCGUCUCCUGCCUCCUCUUCUUCAUCUUCUCAUCGAAGAAGAAGUUCCGUGGCCUUCCGCCAGGGCCCCCCCCACUCCCCUUCGUCGGCAACAUGCUCCAGGUGGAUGUGAAAGAGCUGAUCAAGUCCCUGAGAGAACUCAGCAAGACAUAUGGCCCCAUGUACACGUUCCACCUGGGCUCCCGGCCGUGCGUGGUCCUCUCUGGGUACCAGGUGCUAAAGGAGGCUUUGAUUGACAAGGCAGAAGAGUUCAGUGGCCGUGGCGACUUCCCUGCUGUCCAAAUGUGGAGCAAAGGCAAUGGGAUUGUGUACGGCACAGGGGAGUGCUGGCGGCAGUUGCGGCGGUUCGCCAUCACCACUUUCAAGAACUUUGGGAUGGGGAAGCGGUCCAUCGAGGAGCGGAUCAAAGAAGAGGCCCAGUUUCUGACAGAGGAGUUCCGCAAAACCCAAGGCGAGCCCUUUGACCCCACCUUCUUCCUGAGCUGCGCUGGCUCCAACAUCAUCUGCACCCUGGUUUUCGGAAGCCGCUUUGAAUACACAGACCAGAAAUUCCUCGCGUUGCUUGACCUCAUCAACAGCAACUGGAAGCUCAUGAGCUCCACCUGGGGGCAACUCCUCUUCACCUUCCCAGAGAUCAUGAAGCACAUUCCAGGGCCUCAUCGCCAGAUUUACAAAAACUACCUGAAGCUGGCGGCUUUUGUGGGUGAGCGGCUGGAGAUGAACAGGCGAACGCUGGACGCCAACAACCCGCGGGACUUCAUCGACUGCUUCCUCAUCAAAAUGCAGCAGGAAAAGAACAACCCCAAGUCCUACUUCAACGAAGUCACCAUGUCCAAGACCACAGUGAACCUCUUCUUUGCGGGAACAGAGACGGUCAGCUCCACCCUGAAAUACGGCCUCCGCAUCCUCCUGAGGCAUCCAGAGGUGGAAGAAAAACUCCACAAGGAAAUAGACCAGGUCAUCGGGGUGAACCGCAGCCCUUGCAUGGAGGACCGGAGCAAGAUGCCCUAUACGGACGCCGUCGUCCAUGAGAUCCAGCGCUUUGCAGACAUUGUCCCCAUGGGGGUGCCCCACACGGUCACGCAGGACAUCGAAUUCCGCGGAUACACGCUGCCCAAGGGCCUGAACAUCAUUCCUUUGCUGUGCACCUCUCAGUUCGACCCCACACAGUUCAAGAACCCGAACGCCUUCGACCCGACCCACUUCCUGGAUGAGAACGGGCGCUUCAAGAAGAAGGACGCUUUCAUGGCCUUCUCGGCAGGGAAGCGGGUCUGCCUGGGAGAAGGCCUGGCGCUCAUGGAGCUCUUCCUCUUCCUCACCACCAUCCUGCAGAACUUCAGGCUAAAGCCGCUAGUGGCGCCUCAGGACAUCGACAUCAGCCCGGAGUCCACCGGCCUGGGCAGCAUCCCCCGCCCCUAUCAGUUCUGCCUCCUGCCCCGCUAGAGCCAGGAGAGCAGGCGGACGGGACAGGUGGCGGGUGGGGGGGGGGCUCCAGUUCUGCGCAUUCCUGCAGGUUCGAUACCAGCACGACAGGGGAGGGGGGCAGCUUCUCCACCGAGGUUUUGCCUGCUGCGUUGACUGCCCCUGGGCAGAGGAGGGGAGCAUGUUUUGCGGCACCCCUCAAAAGCGCUAAGGACCGAGGCCCCCCACAGCCGCCCUCUCCUGCUCCCCUGCCCCCUCCCAAGCCCCCCUGCUUCUCCUGCGGCCCUGGCCUCAUCCCGACCAGCAAUUCCAGCCAAGGGUUGUGUGGAAGUACCCUUUGCUCCCCCUCCCUGAUGUCUCCCUCCCUUCUCUGCCCCCUUAACACACCCAGUCUAAUAUCUGUUGCCCCCCACCCCCUGCUGCAGGGCUGCGGCUGCAUUGGGACAGAGGCACAGCUGGGAAAGGCACCAUGGGCUUGAGUCCUGUCCGCCCUGCAAGCCCCCGGCUUGGAAAGGCAGCUCUUCUGGAACCUCCCAGCCCCCCCCCAAGAGACUCGACACGAGCACCGCGUGGCUCUGGGCUGGGUGGGGGAGGUUGGGAGGGUGCAGGCAAGGGUUGCCAGGGAGAGCCUCGGGGGCCCACUGGGAAGCGCUCAGAACCAGGGGCCCACCGGGAGCUCACCCAGCACACCCAGACAGAGGCCACCCCAGUCCACAGACAAAAGUAGCAGCCGGAGAAGAUCUCGUGGAGGGAUAAAUGCAAUAAAUGCAACACAUGAAGUCAUUCAAUAAAUGCAUAUAAUGAAAGUGCAAAAGUUCUCAAAGUGC